AUGCUUAGCUGUCUGAAAAACCCCCACUCUAAAGACACUAGACAAUCACUGUUAACCUUUCAAGCUAUUACAAAUUCUGAUGCAUCUCCUGCUACUGUUGGUGAGUUAGGAACUUGGGUCUUUAACCAGGAAGCUAUUAGGAGGGCUUUGGUUGAAAUGAUUAUAAUUGAUGAACUGCCUUUUAGAUUUGUGGAGGGUCCAGGGUUUAGGAAGUUCAUUCUGGUGGCUUGUCCUAGGUUUAAGAUUCCAUCUAGAUGGACAAUUAGUAGGGACAUCAAUCUGAUUUAUGAAGAGGAAAGAUUGAAGUUGAAAUGUGUUUUUAGGGGGAACACUCAAAGAGUCAGUAUUACAACUGACACUUGGACUUCUAUUCAGAGAAUUAACUACAUGGUAGUGACUGCCCAUUUUAUAGAUGAAGAGUGGAAGCUUAAAAAGAAGAUUAUCUCAUUUGUCCCUAUUACAUCACAUAAGGGUGAGGCUGUAGCAAAAGUCCUUGAAACCUGUUUGCUUGAUUGGGGGAUUAGGAAUGUGUAUAGUAUAACUGUAGACAAUGCUUCAUCUAAUGACACUGCUAUAGGUUUUUUAAAAAAGAAAUUGAUGUCUUGGGGAACAUCUACUGUGAAGGGCAAGUAUAUUCACAUGAGAUGUAUUGCCCAUAUUCUGAACCUUGUUGUCCAAGAUGGCCUGAAACAAUGUGAUUCUUCUGUGAAGAGGGUAAGGGAGGCUGUAAGAUAUGUGAGGAGUUCACCUGCUAGACUUAAGAAAUUUAGGGACUUGGCUGAGUGGAAUGGGAUUGAACAGAAAUCAUCUUUGUGUCUAGAUGUUCCAACCAGAUGGAACUCUACAUAUCUUAUGUUACAAUCUGCAAUUAUUUAUGAGAAAGUGUUUGAGUCACUUGAAGAAAGUGAUACUGCAUACAAAUCAGAUCUGUCUGAUGCUGUUCUUACUUUUCUUGAUUGGGAGUCUGUGAAGAGUUUAGUGGAGAUCUUGAAAUGCUUUUAUGAUAUGACAAUAAGAAUUUCUGGUUCUUUAUAUCUGGAGGGUCUGUGA